AUGAAGAAGAAAGUGGAGACUGAGUUAGAGCGACUCACCAAGCAAGGUAUAAUUGAACCAGUAAAGUUUUCGGAAUGGGUGGCACCCAUUGUGCCAGUAUUAAAGCCAGAUGAUACGGUACGCAUCUGUGGGGACUACAAGCUAACAGUGAACCAAGUUUCGAAGCUGGAGCAGUAUCCAAUACCAACGGUGGAGGAUGUGUUUGAAAAGCUGUCGGGAGGUGAAAGGUUCAGCAAACUGGACCUCAGUCAUGCAUAUCAACAAGUUGUUCUGGAGGAAGGGUCAAAGCCAUAUGUCACCCUUAACACACACAAAGUGCAAGAUGGAUGCGUGUUGUGGGGGGCACGAGUGAUAAUUCCGCCCCCAGGAAGACGUGCACUUUUACAACAGCUGCACCAGGGUCAUGUGGGCAUCACCCGAAUGAAGGCCUUAGCACGAAGUUAUUUCUGGUGGCCAAAGUUGGACCACGACAUUGAAGUCGCUGUGAAAGAGUGUAACAUUUGUCAGCAACAUCGCAACUUACCUGUGGCGGCACCACUACACCCAUGGGAGUGGCCGAGUAGACCUUGGCAGAGACUUCAUAUAGACUAUGCAGGACCUUUUAUGGGGGUAAUGUUUUUGAUAAUAAUGGAUGCUCAUUCUAAAUGGAUGGAUGCCUAUCCAGUUAAAAUAACCACUUCCACCACUACCAUUGAAUGCCUGAGGAAGAGUUUCAGUAGCCAAGGACUACCAGAGACUAUUGUAUCAGAUAAUGCUUCAUGUUUCAUGAGUGGAGAGUUCAAGGGGUUUCUGGAAAAAAAUGUGUCAAGGGUGUUAUUCAGCUACCGCAUUACACCCCAGUCUACCACCGGCUUGUCACCUGCCGAGAUGUUUCAAGGACGGAGAUUAAGGUCAACAUUGGAUCUGGUGCAUCCAAACAUCCGAGCUAAGGUAGAGAGGACAUAAUGGCGGCAAAAAGAACAUCAGGAUCGACGACGGAGAGGGAGAAGUUUCCUGGUGGGAGAUGCAGUGAUGACUCGAAACUUCAGCUAUGGACCUAAAUGGAUUCCAGGGUUCAUUGUAAAGAGGACCGGUCCACUGUCGUACCAGGUGAGGUUGAAUGGAGGUUUUGUGGUCAGGAGACAUGUGGACCAGAUUCUGCGGAGUGAACAGGAGAAGGACUUCAUGGAACUGCAAGCCCCGGAAAUACCGUUAGUUUCGGAAGAAGGGCUCGCAGCGGAAGGAGGAUCUCCGAUCUUGGGGGCCAAGGAAGGCCACCGGGACUUGGAAGGAGGGGUUCCCGAGGACCAAACCAUUCCAGGGAUGGACACACCGGUACCAGAGGUGGUAACUGUGACACCGGAGUCACCUAGGGUGGUACCAUUGCGCCGUUCUAAGCGUACACUGGUUAACCCUAGUUACUUGAAGGACUAUCAGUGUUAA